CGACAGCCAGGUGGGGUCGAAGGGAGAUAUAUCGGGAGGUUGCGUGCGCACUCAGGGGACGAUCUGAUCAGUCGUACACGAACGAUCAUCCGCUCCACACGCUUCUCCGAUCCCAGUUAGAGUACCCCCGAGCGAGAUGUGGGAUGACGUGAUAGAAGAAGACACUCCCGCUCCGGAGCCUGCCCCAGAGGAAGCACCGGCAGAAGCUGCUCCGGAAGAGGCUCCCGUUGAAGCAGAACCACCAGCACCCGAAGGCAUUGUAAAAGGACAAGAACCUAGGAAACUGAUAUUCAAACAUUGGGUCAGGCCCAAAUUCCUCCAAUAUAAUUACCUGUACGACUACCAACACAACUACUAUGAUGACGUGAUCAACUACCUAGACAGACGGAACAAGGGGCUGCCAGUGGAACAACCGCGUGCGCAGACAUGGGGCGAGCGCGCACUGCGCACAUACCUCUCCAAAACUAAUAACUCGCUGCUAGCGCGAUCCUCCAGCAAGGACACGUCUCUCCUUCGCCACAUCUCGUCAGGCGCCCGUUUCCACCGUUACCACAGCAAAUCCCUAAUCUCAAGGAAGUAUUCCACGCUUGGUUUUAACACCGUCAACGUGUAGCUUCGCUUUAACACCCUUCGCUUGACAUGGCUUCGCGGACUCC